GGAUUCAUUCGGUCAUCACAAUUGAAGGUUCAUCAGGAAGUUCACACUGGGCAAGGCCAUUCACGUUCUGUGUGUCAGAAGGGAUUCUGUCGGACAUCCCACCUGCGAACACAACAAUCAGUUCACAGCACACCAGGCAGAGGCUGGUCAUCUGCUGAAUUUCUGGGAAAGGAUUCACUCAGUCAUCUGUCUUAAUGGCUCACCAGCAAGUUCACACCAGGGAGCGGCCGUUUACCUGCUCAGUCUGUGAGAAGAGAUUUACUCAGUUAUCCAACCUACAGAGUCACCAGCGAGUUCACACUGGGGAGAAGCCAUUCACGUGCUCAGUCUGUGGGAAAGGAUUCACUCUGUCAUCCACUCUGCUGGUACAUCAGCGAGUUCACACUGGGGAGAAGCUGUUCACCUGCUCAGACUGUGGAAAGGGAUUCACACUGUCAUCCCGCCUACUGGUACAUCAGCAAAUUCACACUGGGGAGAAGCCGUUCACCUGCUCAGUCUGUGGAAAGAGAUUCACACAUUUAUCCCAACUACAAAGUCACCAGUGAGUUCACACUGGGGAGAAGCC